UUUGCCUUCUCUGGUUCAUCACCUACUUUGAGUUCCUCUCUUCCCGACGACAAGCAAAGCAAGUAAUGAAUCAAAACCUGUAACCCUAUUUCUGAUCAGCUCUUCCUUCCCUCUCUCAUGGCCACUCUCGUCGUCUGAAUCAGGCACUUCUCCAAUUUCUCUGAGUACGCGGAUACGACUCGUUGUUUCGUGAGUGUUAAUUUGUGUGUUCGACGAACUUUGAUCCUUUUCUUGAUCGUCUUGAUAUAGAUGGUGUGGAGGGAAGAUUUUUCUGGGAAAUUUUCGAAUUAGGGAUUUGAAUAGGCUUUAUUAUGGAUGGUAACAAAGAUGAUGCGUCGAGGUGUCUGAGAAUCGCCGAAGACGCCAUUGCUUCUGGUGAUAAGGAACGGGCAUUGAAAUUCAUCAGGAUGGCAAAACGGCUUAAUCCAAGCCUCUCCACUCAUGACCUUACUGCUGCUUGUGACAAUCUUGAUUCAGUUUCAGGGAAUCCAUCUCUUAGUGAAAAGCUCAAAUCUGUGGAUAGUGAUAAGCUUGAGUCUAGGAAGACUAACGACAAGAUGAAAUAUACUGAGGAAAAUGUGGAAUUGGUUAGGCAUAUAAAAAGGAACAACGAUUACUACACGAUUUUGGGUUUAGAGAAGAACUGUUCUGUUGAAGAGAUCAGAAAAGCUUAUAGGAAGCUGUCAUUGAAAGUUCACCCUGACAAGAACAAGGCACCGGGUUCAGAGGAAGCCUUUAAGAAAGUUUCCAAAGCGUUUACUUGUUUGAGUGAUGGUAACUCGAGAAGCCAGUAUGAUCAGGUGGGGUUUGUUGAUGAGUUCGAUCAUAUCCAGAGGCAGAGUAAUCGCAGGCCGAGGAGGAGAUAUAAUGCGCGUAAUGACUUUUUUGACGAUGAUUUUGAUCCCGACGAGAUAUUCAGGGCGUUUUUUGGUCAACAACGAGACAUGUUCCGUGCUCCCCAUGCUUUUAGGACUAGACAAGCGCGUAACCAACCCCGAGAGGAGGAGCCUGUUGUGGUUGGACCUAGUUGUUUGACGAUUAUUCAGAUUCUACCAUUCUUGCUGCUUUUGUUGCUUGCUUAUCUACCCUUUUCUGAGCCCGACUAUUCUCUGCACAAGAACCAGACUUAUCAGAUACCAAAGACGACACAGAAUAUGGAGAUUAGCUUUUAUGUUAGAUCAUCACCAGCCUUUGAAGAGAAGUUUCCGCUCGGUAGCUCUGCUCGAGCUAGCCUUGAGGGCAACGUUAUUAAAGAGUACAGAAACUUUCUUUUCCAUUCCUGUCGCAUUGAGCUCCAAAAACGGCGGUGGAACAAGAAGCCGCCAACCCCUCACUGCAAUGAGCUUCAAGAUCGUGGAUUUGUUGAUAGGCAAAUACCGACAUGAUAUCAGCUCAAGAUUGUCCAACAUGUGAUGAAGACUGCCGGAUUUUGAUGUUUUAGAGGUUCUUGGGACUGAACGUGUAAACUGUAAUGUGUCAUAUGUGUAGGGAGGAUAACGAUAAUCUCUUUUGUUUUUUUUUUUUUUUUUUUUUUUGCAUAUGGAUUUUUAGAUAAAAAAAUACCUAGGAGAAUACUGAGAACAACAAAGAAGAAAGUCCUGGCAAGUCUCAGGUGACAACAGAGGUACCACUUGCUAUACUCAUACUAUAGUUGAAAACACAUGGAAAUUUGAGUCCAACAAGUCUCUUUAGAAGAUG